AGAGAGUGAGAAGAAGAUGGGAAAGAUGACAUCCACUUUGCUAGCGGCGAUCUUUUUGUGGUCCCUCGUGACCAUUAAUGGCGAGGGGUUUCCAAAGUUUGGUCGGCUGGUGCCCAUGGAGAGCAGGAGGACUUUGGUGACAACUGAUUCUGGGCUGAUCACGGCCGCUGAUGUGCAUGAUGGGUACAGGGGGCUUUACCACCUUCAGUUCAUCACCAUGGAGCCCAGCUCGCUCUUCCUCCCUGUGCUUCUCCACACUGAUAUGUUGUUUUACGUGCAAACAGGGAGUGGAACGGUGAGUUACACAACUGAGGAUGGCACCACCCGUGUCGAUGUGGAGCGUGGUGAUAUCUAUAGACUCGAAGAGGCACCGUUUUCUAUGUGAGGAGCCACCCCAGUCCGAUGAGAGAGAAGCUAAGAAUUAAUGCCAUCUUUGACACCAAUAAUAUGGAAAACCCCUCGGUAUAGUUCCUAACCUUCAAGGCAGUCAUGCAUGUGUGAUGCUUGCAUGCCUUUCCUUAGGGUUGUUGGUGUACACGGAUGAUGGAUAGAGUGUUGGCUUUCCAUGCAGGAAUCCUUU